AACGAAACUGAUCUGUGAUACUUUGCUGCUCAGCCUGUUGAUGUGUUUACUAUAAUGGCAGAUGCAAUGGACUUGAUGAAUUGUUCAAUUUGCCUGGAUCUACUGAAAGAUCCGGUGGCUAUUCCCUGUGGACACAACUACUGUAUGGGCUGUAUUGAGGACUGCUGGAAUCAGGGUGAUCUUAACGGUGUCUACAGCUGCCCAGACUGCAGAAAGACCUUUACCCCGAGGCCUGUUCUGAACAAAAAUACUCUACUGAUUGAAUUGGUGGAGAAACUGAAGAAUACAGGACUACAUGCUGCUUCAGCUGCUCACUGUUAUGCUGAACCUGGAGAUGUGGAGUGUGAUUUCUGCAUUGGGAGAAAACUAAAAUCGGUGAAAUUCUGUCUGGUGUGUCUAGCCUCUUACUGCGAGACUCAUCUACAGCCUCAUUAUGAAGUAGCUCCAUUAAAGAAGCACAAGCUGGUCAAAGCAUCCACACAACUACAUGAGAUGAUCUGCUCUCAUCAUGAUAAACUGCUGGAGGUUUACUGCCGUACAGAUCAGCAGUGUAUCUGUUAUCUUUGUACAGUGGAUGAACAUAAAGGCCAUGAUACAGUGUCAGCUGCAGCAGAAAGAACUGAAAAACAGAAACAGUUGGAUGAGAAACAGCAGAUAUUAAAGCAGAGAAUCCAGAAGACGGAGAUGGGGGUAUUGGGGGCGAGACAGUCUAUACAGUUUAUCAAGAGCUCUGCACAGGCAGCAGUGGAGGACAGUGAGAGGAUCUUUCCUGAGCUUAUCCGCUCCAUUGAGAGAAGGAGCUCUAAGGUGAAGCAGCUGAUCAAAGCCAAGGAGAUUGCUGAAGUGAGUCGAACUGAAGGACACCUGAAGCAACUGGAGGAGGAGGUGGUUGAGCUGAGGAGGAAGGACGCUGAGCUGGAGCAGCUCUCACACACAGAGGAUCACAUCCAUUUUCUCAAGAGUUUCCAGUCUUUCUCUGUCCCGCCGGGAAUUGAGGGCUUACCCAGCACUUUUAACCCUCAUGUCUCCAUUGAGGAUGUCAAGAAGUCACUCUCUGAACUACAAGACCGAAUGGAGAAUGUAUUCAAUGAGGAAAUGGUAAAGAUAUCUAGAAAAGUUGGAUCUGCCUUUCAUUUAGCCAGUAGCCCAAUGAGGAAAAUCCUCUUCUGCUUUGGAGAAUGCACCUCUGGCUUCAGCUUCCAACCAGUUAUCAGUCCCUCCAAGUCCCUGGCCAAGCUGAACCGAAUCAGAGUGUCUGUGGACGAGGACCAGGACGUGACUCAAGACAAACAGGCUACUAAAACCAAAGUCUUUACUGGUGGGUCAGCUUCAGUGGGAGGAUUUACUUUUAGAUUUGGGGAUGACUCACAGCCCAUCCCAAACCCUCCCAUCCCUGAGUCUGGCUACUUCAUCAAGCCCUUUGUCGUACCUGUCCAACCAGCUAAGAGCAUUGAGCGAAAGCCUGUGGACUUUGGGAAGAUGUCUUUUGGCCAGCCGAUCCCUGCUGAGCCUCCUAAAGUGCUUAGCUUUGGUGCUGGAAUAGUCGCCCAGUCCACUCCAUCAUCCGCUGCCUUUAAUUUCAACUUCAACUUUAAAUCCAAUGACGGAGACUUCACCUUCAAGUCCAAAAACAGUGAGACCCUGUUGAAGCUUCUAACGUCAGACAUUCCCACCAAAUCAGAGGGCCCCUCAGAGGGGAAGCCCCAAGUGCCUCCUAGUCAGGGAGGGAUUUUUACCUUUGGCACUAAAAGCGCUCAUGGGUUCUCCUUUAAUGACUCAAUCCAGAUCCAGGACAAACCAAACCCGUUUGGAAAAUUUGACCAGCCAUUUAGUUUCACUGAUGUAACCACGCCGGUAUUUGGGCUGGCAAACACAGCAGAGGAGGAGAAGGGAGCCGAGAGCAAUAACAACAGCACUCAUGUGGAGGAAGACGAGGAUGGGCCUCACUUUGAGCCUAUUGUGCCCCUCCCUGACAAAGUAGACGUGAAGACUGGAGAGGAGGAAGAGGAGGAGAUGUUCUGUAACAGGGCCAAGCUGUUCAGAUUCGAUGCGGAGACAAAAGAGUGGAAAGAGAGAGGUAUUGGCUUAGUCAAAAUCCUAAAGCACAAUACAUCAGGGAAAGUGCGUCUGCUGAUAAGAAGGGAGCAGGUUCUGAAGAUCUGCGCUAACCACUACAUCACGCCAGAUAUGCUCCUGAAACCAAAUGCUGGAUCUGACAAGUCCUGGGUCUGGAAUGCCGUUGAUUAUGCGGAUGAGGAACCAAGGCCUGAGCAACUGGCCAUCCGGUUCAAAACGGAAGACGAGUCAUUGCUCUUCAAGACAAAGUUUGAAGAGGCUCAGAAGAUCGUUCCCAAAUCUCCAAAAAUGCAGCAAGAUCAGUCAUAUAGGAAAAAUAAUUUUCCUAAACUCUCUGCUCCAUUGGCGACAAACUUUGCUGCCCAAUUUGUAAAGAAGUACGGGGAGUGGGACUGCGAUGUGUGCUGUGUAAGAAAUGCAGCUAAAGUUAUGCAGUGUGUUGCCUGCCAGACUGCCAACCCUAAUGCCCCAUCAAAGCUGGACAGCGCACCGGCUACUGACAUCAAAGGGUUUACUAGUGGGGCAGCUUCAGUGGGAGGAUUUACUUUUGGAUUUGGAGCUGACUCAUCAAAAGACACCAGCAGCGCAGGAUCUAUUGGAAAAGGAUUUGGGUCUUUUGGAGCUCAGAUACCCUCCUCCUUUCCGUUUGGAACCAGUGGCACCACUUAUAUACCUGCUGCUGGUUUUGGUGCCCAGUUUGGAAAGAGGCAAGAAACCACAAAAGUUGCAGCAGAAUCAAAGCCCUCAACCAUGCCAUUUGGCUCUGGAUUUGGUGUGCAGUUCGGCAUAAAUCCAGGGCAGUGGGACUGCGAUACAUGCACUUUAAGAAAUGAGGCAUUUGCAAACAGUUGUCUCUCUUGUCAAACUCCUAGACCUUCAGAAAAACAUGCUGCUGUUUCCCCAGCUUUGGCAACCCUCUCAAUUGGGUCUGGAUUUGGUGCACAGUUUGGCAAAAAACCAGGGCAGUGGGAGUGUGACACGUGUCUUGUUAGAAAUGAGGAGUCUGCUAGCAGUUGUGUUUCUUGUCAAACUCCAAACCCUGUAGCCAAAACAGAUGUAGAUGGAGCAGCAGAAUCAAAGCCCUCAAACAUGCCCUUUGGUGCCCCGGCUUUGGCAGCCCUCUCAACUGGGUCUGGAUUUGGUGCCCAAUUCAGCAAAAAGCUAGGGCAAUGGGACUGUGAUACAUGCGUUGUAAGAAACGAGGCUUCUUCAAGCAGUUGUGUUUCUUGUCAAACUCCAAACACUGUAGCCAAAACAGAUGUAGAUGGAGCAGCAGAAUCAAAGCCCUCAAACAUGCCCUUUGGUGCCCCGGCUUUGGCAGCCCUCUCAACUGGGUCUGGAUUUGGUGCCCAAUUCAGCAAAAAGCUAGGGCAAUGGGACUGUGAUACAUGCGUUGUAAGAAACGAGGCUUCUUCAAGCAGUUGUGUUUCUUGUCAAACUCCAAACACUGUAGCCAAAACAGAUGUAGAUGGAGCAGCAGAAUCAAAGCCCUCAAACAUGCCCUUUGGUGCCCCGGCUUUGGCAACCCUCUCAAUUGGGUCUGGAUUUGGUGCACAGUUUGGAAAAAAAACAGGGCAGUGGGAGUGUGACACGUGUCUUGUUAGAAAUGAGGAGUCUGCUAGCAGUUGUGUUUCUUGUCAAACUCCUAACCCUACAGCAAAGUCAACAGUAGAGGUAGCACCAACAACAGAGCCAACAGUGUCAGACUUUGGUGCUGCUUUUUCAAGGAAGGAUGGACAAUGGGACUGUGACACCUGUCUAAUGAGGAAUGAUGCAUCUGCCUCUAAGUGUGUUUCCUGCCAGACACCCAACCCCAAUGCUAGCAGCUCCUCUCUUAGGGCCAUGUUUGCCAGGCAGGAGGGACAGUGGGACUGUGACGCAUGUCUAGUCAGAAACAACGACUCUGCUAGUCAAUGUGUCUCCUGUCAGAUGCCCAAUCCCAAUGUUAAGAGCAUAGCCACAGCCGCCACUUCCAGCUCAUCCUUCAGCUUUAACUUCGGGAGUCGGACUGCCUCUACUCAACCCACAGGCACUGGGUUUAAAGCAAACUUCAACGGUGACAGCUCUUUGCAGUUUGGCACAGGCAAAGUUGAUAAAAGUUCCCCUGCAUCCUUCAAGUUUGAGACCCCUCCUCAGGCUGAAAGCAGUACCCCCAGUGCUGCAGGCUUCUCUUUCACCAUGCCCAUACCAGCAGGUGGCUUUAAGUUUGGCACUCAGGAAACUGCAAAGGAAACCCUACCAGCUGAAACUCAGACUCCUUCUUCAGGGUCUGCGUCAAUGUUCCUGAAGAAUAUCGUAGAGCAGCACAGAGAGAAGGAAUCUGGUGUCAGUGUAUAUCCAUCAGUGCUGUCAGUGGACAAGACGGGUCAGGAUGAAAAUCUCUUCAUUGGCAAACCCAACGACUUCAGUUUUGCAGACUUGGCUAAAAACUCACAAGGAGACUUCCAGUUUGGUCAGACUGACUCCAAUUUCAAAGGCUUCACCCGUGCUGGUGAGCAGCUGUUCACAUCCCUUCAGUCAAACCAGAGGGCAGACCCCUCAGCUGACCAGGAUGAAGAGGGCAUAUACAAGACAGAGGAUAAUGACGAUAUCCAGUUUGAGCCUGUGGUCCAGAUGCCAGAGAAAGUGGACCUGGUCACAGGAGAAGAGGACGAACAGGCCCUCUACUCCCAGAGAGUGAAGCUCUUCAGGUUUGACGGAGACAUCAGCCAGUGGAAGGAGAGGGGCGUUGGGGUCCUCAAGUUCCUGAAGAACGCCACCAAUGGCAGGCUCAGGGUGCUGAUGAGGAGAGAGCAGGUCCUGAAGGUGUGUGCCAACCACUGGAUCACCACCACCAUGAACCUGAAGCCCUUGGCUGGCUCCGACAAGGCCUGGAUGUGGCUGGCUAAUGACUUCUCUGAUGGAGAUGCCAGACUGGAGCAACUCGCUGCCAAGUUUAACCCUGAGCUGGCUGAGGAGUUCAAGCUGAAGUUUGAGGAGUGUCAGAGGCUCCUGUUAGACAUCCCACUGCAGACUCCUCACAAGCUUGUUGACACAGGCAGAACUGCACAUCUCAUCCAGAAGGCAGAGGAGAUGAAGUCCGGCCUGAAAGAUCUUAAAUCUUUCCUGACCGAUGACAAAACCAAGAUCAAGGAGGACGACAGCCAUGCUAACAUCACGACAGCCAGUAACCCCUCUGGUCUAAAUAUCAAGCCCCACGCAGAGAACACUGGACCUACCUUAGAAUGGGACAACUAUGACCUGAGAGAGGAGGCUCUGGACGACAGUGCUGACACCUCUGUCUACGCCUUACCCCUGGCAAGCAGCCCAAUCAGAAAGAACCUCUUCUGCUUUGGAGAAUCCACAGAGGGUUUCAACUUCAGCUUCCAGCCUGUCGUCAGUCCCGCCAAGUCGCUGGCCAAAAUGAACCAGAGCGGGGUGUCUGCGGACGAGGAGCAGGACAUUAGCCAGGAGGAGGAGCGGGACGGCCUGUACUUUGAGCCUGUGGUUCCCCUGCCAGACCUGGUGGAGAUCUCCACUGGAGAGGAGAAUGAAAACGUGUGUUUCAGCCACAGGGCAAAGCUGUAUCGCUAUGACAAAGACCUGAACCAGUGGAAGGAGAGGGGCAUCGGAGACCUCAAGAUACUGCAGAACUGCGAUACCAAACGAGUCAGACUCAUCAUGAGGAGAGACCAAGUCCUGAAAAUCUGCGCCAACCAUUGGGUCACAUCUUCUAUGAAGUUGGAGCCCAUGAAGGGUGCUGAGAAGGCCUGGGUCUGGAGCGCUAUUGACUUUGCCGAGGUAACUAAGGGAAAUGUUGAGCAGUUAGCUGUGAGAUUCAAACUGAAGGAUGUGGCUAACUCCUUCAGAGAUAUAUUUGACCAGGCUAAAACUGCCCAAGAGAAAGAGAUUCUGGUCACUCCAAUGGCCUCCAGUGAGACCCUUACUCAGGAGGAAGCAAUAGCGACGGGGACAACCGUGUGUGGACAAGCUGCUGUGGCCAUCCUGGAGGAGACCACCACAGAACGGACGGAGCUGUAUCAUGAGACUUUACACACCCCUGACUGUAAGUCCUCCACCGGUACUCCACAUAGCCCUCUCAACCUCUCCAGGAUGGUGAUGUCCCCACCCAAGUUCCUCUUUGGAACAGACUCUCUCCAAAAGUUUUUCGGCAGCAGCCCACCAUCAUCCAAGGAGGAUAGUUCUCCAGAGAGCUCCAAGGUUAAAGACAGCGGUCGGACCUCCCAGCCUUUAACUGCAUUCAAAAUCUCAGAAAAAGCACCCUCCCAUGCGGAGGCCAACAGUGAGGUGGAAGUGGUUUAUGUGAGGCAGCCAACAGUUGAGCAGGUUCUACUGGCUAGGGAACUCCUGCUGCCUCUCACCUUCUUCUGCUACCAGAACGAACCAGGAUAUACCAGCGACGACCAGACUGAUGAUGAGGACUUUGAGACAGCAGUUAAAGCCCUGAAUGGAAAACUGUACCGGGAUCCUCCUGAGAGAGAGGCUGCAAGUGCAGGUUCUGGCCAGGCCGAGGCAGGUGUUAAAGGUCUGGACCCGGAGGUUGAGGUUUUAUGGGAGAAGAGGCCAACUCCAGAGGAGGAACAGAAAGCCAGGAACCUGCAGCUGCCUUCAACCUUCUUCUGUGGUGUAGGCAGCGACGGCGAGGCAGAGAAGGACAAGCCAGAGGACUUUGAGACAGAGUUCCGCAAAGCACAGGAGGCUCUGGAUGCUGAGAGAAGCUCAGAACCUGUUUCAUCUGAGGAUGUGUCCUCCAGCACCGGCGAUACAGUGCCAGAACAACAGGUCCCAGACCAGUACCCCAGCAGCCAGGAACAGGCUUCAGAUCAGUCUGAGGCAGAAGUCCAGUCCACUACAGCAGUAAAACAGGUCCCAGUUCAGUCCUUAGCCAUCCAGGAGGUUGAAUUCUCAGCCCAAGGUAGCCAGGAACAAGCCACAGAACAGUCGGUUACCAUCCAGUCCUCUACAGCAGAAGAACAGGUCUCAGUUCAGUCAUUAACCAUUCAGGAGGCAGAGGUCCAGUCCUCUACAAAGGAGCAGCAGACUCCAGAUCAGUCAGACUCCACUUCAACACCAUCGCAGACUGCCGUCUCCCGCAGCAGGGAGCAGGCUACCACUCCAAACCCUUCAGAAAAACCUGCUGCUAGUCCCCCAGCUUUGGUAACCCCCUCAUUUGGUUUUGGAUUUGGUGCACAGUUUGGCAAAAAGCCAGGGCAGUGGGAGUGUGACAUGUGUCUUGUUAGAAAUGAGGAGUCUGCAAGCAGUUGUGUUUCUUGUCAAACUCUAAACCCUGCUGCCAGCAGCGGGAAACAGGCUCCAGAUCAGUCAGACUCUACUCCUACAGCUAUUAGCAGCAGCCCUAUAGACCUGUCUGCCAAGAAGACCUCUGAGCCUGACUCCAAUACUACCUUUACUACAACCACUACUCGGGAUGCUCCUAACUCAUUUGGCUCAUUGGGCUUCAGUGCUCUAGGAGGGGAAGGAUUCUCCUUUGCUGAUCUGGCACAGAACACUGGGGGGGAAUUUGCCUUUGGAAAACAAGAUUCCAACUUCUCGUUUGCGAACGCUGGGGCUACGUUGUUUGGAGCUGCAGCCCCAGCCAAAGCUGAGGGAGGGGAGGAGGAGUGUGAUGAAGGGGACACUAAUAAUGUGGGCAUUGACUUUGAACCCAUAGUCUCUCUACCAGAGGUGGAGACUAAGUCAGGGGAGGAGGAUGAGGAGAUCCUGUUUAAGAAGCGUACCAAGCUGUACCGCUGGGAGAGAGACCUGGGCCAGUGGAAGGAGAGGGGUGUGGGAGACAUCAAGAUCCUCUUCCACCCCGAUAAGAGGUUCUACCGGGUGCUGAUGAGGAGGGAGCAGGUGCUGAAGGUCUGUGCCAAUCACACCAUCUGUCAGAGCAUGGAGCUCAAACCCAUGAACACCUCUAACCAAGCCCUAGUCUGGACAGCUACUGACUUUUCAGAGGGUGAGGGUAAGGUGGAACAGUUGGCAGCCAAGUUUAAGACCGCAGAGCUGGCCGAGAGUUUCAGGAAGACCUUCUGUGAGUGUCAGAGUUAUAUGAGCCAAUCAGAGGCCUCAUCCCUCUCCAGAGACGCCAAUCCCCAGGUGUACCUCUCUAUCUCCGCUGACGACGAGCCCCUGGGAACGGUCACCAUAGAACUGUUCUCUCACAUCGUCCCCAAGACAGCUGAGAACUUCAGAGCGCUGUGUACAGGACAGAAAGGCUUCGGGCUGCGCAACACUGUCUUCCACAGGGUCGUACCCGACUUCAUGUGUCAGGGUGGAGACAUCACCAACCAGGAUGGGACAGGAGGGAAAUCCAUCUACGGGCACAAGUUUGAGGAUGAGAAUUUUGACGUGCGCCACACAGGCCCGGGGCUGCUGUCCAUGGCCAACCACGGCCGAGACACUAACAACUCCCAGUUCUUCAUCACUUUGAAGAAGGCUGAGCACUUGGACUUCAAACACGUGGCCUUUGGCUUCGUCAGAGAGGGCAUGGAUGUGGUUCGCAGCAUGGGAAAGCUGGGCACCAAGACUGGCAAACCCAGCAAGAAGAUUGUCAUCACCGAAUGUGGACAACUGUAGAGCUUCGUUCUGUUCACUGACUGUUGACAACUCAACUGUAGGGCUGAGAUCUGGUCACUGACUGUUGACAUCUCAACUCUAGAGCUGAGAUCUGGUCACUGACUGUUGACAUCUCAACUGUAGGGCUGAGAUCUGUUCACUGACUGUUGACAUCUCAACUGUAGGGCUGAGAUCUGGUCACUGACUGUUGACAUCUCAACUGUAGAGCUUCGCUCUGUUCACUGACUGUUGACAACUCAACUGUAGAGCUUUGCUCUGUUCACUGACUGUUGACAACUAAACUGUAGGGCUGAGAUCUGGUCACUGACUGUUGACAUCUCAACUGUAGAGCUUCGCUCUGUUCACUGACUGUUGACAACUCAACUGUAGGGUUGAGAUCUGGUCACUGACUGGAUGUCUAUCGGCCUUCGUUCUGACCAUGGACUGGACAGUGAUAGGCUUUCAAACUGUGGAGUGGACAACUAUAGUAGGAACAUCUCAAAUGAGACCCCAUACCUCAUGUAAUGUAAAACAUGUUUUUUCAUUUUUUUUACCAGAGCCCAUGUGGAGUGCACAAAGGGUUCUGGUAGUGUACUACAGGGGAAAUAGGGUGUCAUUUGAGACAGAGAUGGUCUACUUUUCAUAAGUGCUAACCCACCCUGAGGGCAGCAUGUGACUGUGUGAAUCCCCAGUCUGGAUUUUUGUGUAUAAUGCACAUUCACUUUUCAUGUGUUCCAAUAAGAGUUGAAAACACUGGUUCCUUCAUAAGCUCCCUAACUUGAUUGUUUUGCAUAGUUAAGCCUUAAUUGAGAUGACCAAGAAACCUUGUUUAAAAACCAACCUCUGUUAAUUUUGAACUAUGUUCCUCUCUCCUGCUCCCUGUGAAUACUUUUAGGUGUGGUGGUGUGUUUUUGUGUAUACAUUGUACAUGCAUAAUGUACAAAUCAUUGAGACGAACCUUGUUCAUCUUAAACUCUGAAAGUAGGAAUAUGAAGAACUAUAACCUACUGUGUGACACUUUGGGAGGGGGAUGACAUAAUAUCUUGUGGUUGUGGAAGAACCUUCUAUGGUAUUCUGUUGACAAAUAUUUACAUUUACAUUUACAUUUAAGUCAUUUAGCAGACGCUCUCACUUGGAGUUGAAACAAUUCUUACUGUCAAUAUAUAAAUGAUGCUGGAGAAUGUCUUUAGAAAUAAAAGUUGCUUUAUACUGAUAAUUAUGAGGAUGCCCUGUACGAUUUCAAACAUACACUACAUGACUAAAAGUAUGUGGACACCUGCUCGCUGAAUAUCUCAUUCCAAAAUCAUAGUCAUUAAAAUAGAGUUGGUCCCCCCUUUGCUGCUAUAACAGCCUCCACUCUUCUGGGAAGGCUUUCCACUAGAUGUUGGAUCAUUGCUACUGGGAAUUGCAUCCGUUCAGCCACAAGAGCAUUCGUGAGGUCGGACACUGAUAUUGGGCGAUUAUCCCUGGCUUGCAGUCGACGUUCCAAUUCAUCCCAAAGGUGUUCGAUGGGGUUGAGGUCAGGGCUCUGUGCAGGCCAAUCAAGUACUUCCACACCUAUCUCGGCAAACCAUUUCUGUAUGGACCUCGUUUUGUGCACAGGUGCAUUGUCAUACUGAAACAGGAAAGGGCCAUCCCAAACUGUUGGCACAAUGUUGGAAGCACAGAAUUAUCUAUAAUAUAUGUAGUGUUAAAUUUACCCUUCACUAGAACUAAGGGGCCUAGCCCCAGUGAUGUACUAGGCCGUACGCACUACCCUCUGUAGCGCCUUACUGUCGGAUGCUGAGCAGAUGCCAUACAAGGCGGUGAUGCAACUGGUCAGGAUGCUCUCGAUGGUGCAGCUGUAGAACUUUUUGAAGAUCUGGGGACCAAUGCCAAAUCUUUUCAGUCUUCUAAGGGGAAUAGGCCUUGUCGUGCCCUCUUCACUACUGUGUUGUUGUGUUUGGACCCUGAUAGUUUGUUGGUGAUGUAGACACCAAGGAACUUGAAGCACUCAACCCGCUCCACUACAGCCCUGUCGAUGUGAAUGGGGGCGUGUUCAGCCCUCCUUUUCCUGUAGCCCACAAUCACCACACUGCCAGGUCUCUGACCUCCUCCCUAUAGGCUAUGUCAUUGUUGUUGGUGAUCAGGCCUACCACGGUUGUGUUUUCAGCAGAUUUAAUGAUGGUGUUGGAGUCGUACUUGGCCACGCAGUCGUGGGUGAAUAGGCAGUACAAAGAGGGUACUAAGCACACACCCCUGAGGGGCCUCCGUGUUGAGUAUCCGCAUGUCUGAUGUGCUGUUGCCUACCCUUACCACCUGGGGGAGGCUCGUCAGGAAGUCCAGGAUCCAGUUGCAGAGGGAGGUGUUGAGUCCCAGGGGUCUUAGCUUAGUGAUGAGCUUUGUGGGCACGAUGGUGUUGAAUGCUGAGCUGUAGUCAAUGAACAACAGUCUCACAUUUGUUUGUUCUAGUAGCUAGGUUUCAAUCCAAUUUGUGACAGCUUUUCAUAUGACUAUUCUGAAAGAGGCCUACGCAUAAAGAAAAUAUGCACAUUUUCCCACCAGUAGUGUGUUUCCACCAAACAGACUUGUUGCCGAUAAAAAUCGGUGAGUGAUGACGUUGUGGACAAAAAAUGUACACUUUUUGCCUAAGUUUUCACGUGCCUAUUAAAUAUCUACAGUUCAA